UCGGGACCAGAGAGGACUUGUCGGAGGGCUGGUCUAGUUCCUGCUCGGGGGGAGGGUCUAAUUGCUGCACAGUUGCCAUUACAGCAGCAGCAGCGGCGGCUCCGGGCAAAGAAAGAGGAACGAACGGCGGAGAUCCACGGAAACGAUAAAAACAGACCAUGGAGGACUCCAAUGGCAGCAAACCCUUCAUGGUGACAUCUUCUCUGAACUUCAAAGUCACCACGCCGUCCUUCUACAACCAGCCAAAGAAGUUUGCGUCGGUGGCGCCGCCGCGGCCCAAAAGUCAGACUCCUCCGUCUCCGUCGCCGACACCAAUCCCCAUCGGCUCCGGAGUUAUCGGCCGAGUGGGAGACCUGCCGCCUCCACCGCCUUCCCUCUGCGAUGACUUCCCGCCCCCUCCUCCUCCUCCGCUGGAUGAUGACUUGCCAGCCCCUCCUCCUGAAUGCCAAACCACACCCACCGCUGAUGCUCCGCCUCCCGCCUUCCCGGCGCCGCCACCGGUGGCCGACGACCUGCCCCUCCCGGCCCCACCUGAGGAGAGCACCUGUCGACCACCCACCUGUCCCUCCCCUCCCCCUCCGCCUCCCCCUCCACCUGUCCCCAGUGCUGCUGGAAACCCUCAGAGGCUGGUGGAGAAGCAGACGAGCUUCGACAAGCAGCUGGACUCUCUGACCGACUUGCUGUCUGAGAUGGAGACCAGAGGACCCUUCAAUCCCAAGUUACCGAACCAGUACUCCUCAGCACCAGCUCCCAAACCUUCAGCUCCUCCUCCGACCGCUCCCAAACCGGCGCUGUCCUUCCUGCCUCCUCCAGAGAUGGGCGACCGGCCUCCUCCUGCUCCGUGGGCCGAGGAGCUCAAAGCCAGAACCAACCGGCAGAACAACCACGGCUCUGCCGCCAAGGCUCCGCCCGUGGUGCCGAAGACCGGCUUUGGAGGACGACCCACGACGUCGUCUGCGUCUCUGGCACAGAAACUGAACCAGAACCUGAACCAGAACCUGAACCAGCAGCCCAACCCCAUCAGCAGCGCUCCCAGACCUUCUCCUCCAGCCUCCAGCUCCUUCCCUCCUCCUCCUGCAGCUCCUCCUGCAGCUCCUCCAGCUCCAGCUCCAGCUCCGAACCACAUAAAGAGUCCUGGUUUUACCGCUCCGGUUAAUGCAAACCAGAAAGCUCCAGCUGCUGUUCCUCCUCCUCCUCAACCCAAGAUGCCGUCUCCUCCCUCCUCCUUCAGCCAGCCCAUGAAGACCACCCCCGCAUCCACGCCUUCUCCUCCAGCUCCGGUUCCGAUCCCAGGUGGAGGAGUUCCUCUGAACAUGAGGGAGGUGGAGGAGCUGGAGAGGAUGACCAAGGACUUCAUCAAAGACAUGGACACACACGCACCUGUCAUCACCUCCCCCCCCACAGAGGUGUGUGGGAAGUGCGGUGAGGCUCUGUCCAGGACUCAGCCGGCUGUCAGGGCGAUGGAUAAACUCUUCCACUCCACCUGCUUCUGCUGCAUGAGCUGCCAGCGCCCCCUGCAGGGGAUGCAGUUCUACGACAGGGACGGGUCUCCACAGUGUGAGGACUGUUACAUGAGCUCUCUGGCCAUCUGCUCCAGAUGUGGAGAACGGAUCACGGACCGGGUCCUGAAGGCCGUCGGUCAGUGCUUCCACGCUCAGUGUUUCCGCUGCAGCACCUGCUCCUGCAUCCUGGAGGGGGCGCCCUUCAUCACCGACGACAACAACAACCCCUACUGCGUCCAGGACUACCACAGGCGCUUCUCUCCGCUGUGCGUCAGCUGCAAUGAGCCCAUCAUUCCUGCUCCGGGCAGCGAGGAGACGGUCCGAGUCGUGGCUCUGGACAAGAACUUCCACCUCAAGUGUUACCGCUGCGAGGACUGCGCUCGGCCUCUGUCCAUAGAGGCGGAUGAGAACGGAUGCUACCCGCUCGACGGUCGGAUCCUGUGCAUGAAGUGUCACACUCAGCGGGCCAAACGCGCCGCGCAGUGAUUGGCUAACGCAGCAGUGCCGCGCAGUGAUUGGCUAACGCAGCAGUGCCGCGCAGUGAUUGGCCGACGCAGCGCCGCUCAGUUUAAUCAUGAACCAAACCCAGAAGCACAGAGUUCAUCCAGCUGCCUUUGCAACAGGGCUUUAUUCUGUGUGUGUGUGUGUGCGUGUGUGUGUGCGCGCGUGUGUGUGUGUGUGCGUGUGCGUGCUGAGCGGUGUAUUCCCUUCCUUCCUGUCCUCUCGGUGCAGAGGUAAUGUACUGCACUGACCGCCAGCCCUCUCUCUGCGUGAGUCGGAGCCUCGUUUUCGUGCCAAUUCUAUGUUUACGCUAAAAAAACUCCCAGCAGAAGUUGCACAAGAAGAUCAAAAGAGCGUCUGAAUUAAAGUUGCCUUCCUCCGCGUGUCGCCUGAACACCCCACCAGUAGCACCGUGAGCCGAACUGAGCCGCAUGUCCAAGCUUCCUGCCUCCCAGUGCUUUAAUCAUCGGCGCCUGAACAUCGUUUAGGGCUAAAAACAAACAAACUGCAAACAGUGAAUGUCGCUCUCGUGAUUAAUGACCUAAAGGCAUGAAUUCUGUCCCGUCGCUCCGUUUGAUCGUUCAAGAUUAGAACCAAAAUCAGCCGUUUUCUUCUCAACAACAAAAAAAACUAAAGGCUGAUUAAUGAGUAUUUGUAGAUGCAUGGAUGCAGAUUGUCUCUUUAAACCAGCUGAGUUCUUCAAAGAGGACCUGUCGUUGCACAUAGUGAAGUGAAACAUCUUCUCACUUUAAUAGAAACAUAAAGUAGCUUUUGAUAUGCAUUCCGUAGAGCCUCUUGCUUUAAAUAAUCUAAUUUAUGGACCUAUUUUUAUUGAGUAUUAACGUGUAUUGGCGCUAGAAUAACCCGUAGAGCAGGGGUGUCAAACUGUGGGUCUGAGUGUCCACAAAGGAAGAGAACAUUUGGUCACAAUAAUCUGGAACUGAAUGGUGUAGUGUUUUACUUUAUGAUCAAAACGACAAAAAUCAGACAUUAAAAAAGACAGAACGACAAAAACACGACAAAAUAUUCGAAAAAUGAGACACAAAAUGACAACAGCGAGAAACAGAAUGACCAAAAAUGGGACAAACGACAUGAAACAAAACAAAGACAAAAAAGUUACAAAGCAACAAAAACAUAAGCAAACGAAAUAAAUGAGACAAGAAAUUCCAUAAAUGACACAAAUGAAAUGAAUAUUGCAAAAGUAAGAAAAAAAAUGGACAAAAAUCAACAAUAAAACACGACAAAAUAUUCAAAAAAAUCAGACACAGAAUGACGAAGACGAGAAACAAAAUUUUGACAAAAAAAGUUACGACAAAAACGAGGCAAGUGAGACAAGAACAAGAAACAUAACAACAAAAUAGACAACACAAGCACGACAAAAAACACAAAACAAAAAUUAUGCUUAAAACAACGAAUAAAGCGAAACAAAAAAGGACAAAAAACAAAAAACAAGACAAAAUAUUAGAAAAGUGAGAGAAAAUAACGAAACAAAAUUACCAAAAAAUGGGACACAAACUACACCAAACAAAACAAAAAAAAGAGACCAAAAAAUUUGACAAAAACGUUGCAGUGACAAUAAAAUGGACACACGGCAAAACCGAGACAAAGAAUUCCAUAAAUGACACAAGCGAGACAAAAAACACAAAACAACAAAAAUUCUGCUUAAAACAACAAAUAAAGCGAAACAGAAAAUGACAAAUAAAGGACAAAUAUUACAAAAGUGAGACACAAAAUGACAAAAACGAGAAACAAAAUUAUCAAAAAUGGGACAAACGACACAAAACAAAACAAAAAAUUUAGACAAAAAAGUUGCAAUGUGACAAAAAAAUGGACACAUGACAAAAACGAGACAAAGAAUUCCAUAAAUGACACCAGUGAGACAAAAAAAUUACAAAAGCAAGAAACAAGAGGACAGAAAAAUAGACAACACAAGCGAGACAAAAACAAAAAAACAACAAAAUUUUACAAAAGUGAGACACAAAAUGACAAAAGAACAAUCUAGUAUUUUACUUUAUGAUCCAAACAACUUGGUGGUCUUGAAAUGAUUCUAAAUUUAUAGUUUUACUGAUUUACAAUCUUCUCUGGAAUUGUUACAUUCCACAAAGUGGGGCCGGAUUGGACCCUGUGAAGAGCCGCUUUUGGCCCGCGGGCCGCAUGUUUGACACCCCUGCCGUAGAGGCUGUCAGUAGCAGUUAAACACAGCGACCAAACACUUCAGUUACUUCAGUGUUGAUGUCUGUGUUGGAGUUCUGUCGUUACCACUAUACUUUACAUUAUUCCACUUUUGUACUAUUUUAUCGUUCUGUAUUCCACUGAUGUUUGCUUAUAACCUGGAGACGUGCCUUUUCUCCGCUGUCGUUCCUUCUAAAGUCGAGCCACAGAAAUGAAUUAAAAAAGGACAAAAAACAGAACUCGAUCCGAGUCGACACGUUGCUGCAUGUUGGUCGUCCCGUGAUCUUACCACGAUGCCUUCACGGUCGCGUUUCUGGGCAUCGCAUGGUGUUACGUCGUGUUACAUGUGGAUGUCUUUCAUAUAACUUUUUAUACGUUUGAUAUGUGUGAAUGUUUAAAUCCAUCAUUUAGCCCCGACCCUCCAUCUUUGGCUGUAUCCAGAUAAGAACUAAUAAAGAAAAAUGCUGAAUACCAAA